UUUUACUGGCUAAAAAACGCGGUAAAUUUUCAAAACGGUUUUGAAAUGUUACCGUAACUUGCUUUCAAUUCAGAAGACGCUGCCUACCAUACAAACAUGAGGACUUUGUAGCAGUUAAUACGUUGAGAGUUCGGUGAUUAACGCCAGUUCGGAUUUCCUGUCACUAUAGAGUUAAGGAUGUGUGCGAAGAAUUUUACACCAUCUGUCGUGGAUUAGUGUCUAACAAGAUAUAAGAGAAAAGUAAGACGCCAUAUAUCAAAUAUCUGUCUCUUGCGAAACGGGUGAUAAUUUGCAACGCAACUUACUCCUUCUGUGGAACCGUGUUGAGUGUUGCGGGAACAGUGUUGAAGUUAUCAGCGACCCCAUCUUCCUCACGCUGAUCUUUGACUUUUGAAAAGCGUGUAUUGACUUGUUCAAGCAGCAAAUAACUGCCAUGAGCAUCGCUAUGUGCUGUAUAAUGAUUUUGGCGGGUUCGUCCUCCAGCCAUAUAUCUUCAGACAUUCGGAUUUAGGAAUAGACGGAAGACCACUAUGAUGCAAAGUGUAUAAUUUUCGAAUUUUAUUGGAAAGGGAUGCGAUGUAUUGUGUAAGAAGAAAAUAUAGAAAGGUGUUGGUCUGGAUUUGUUUAGUGGCUGUUGGCCAAGCGAUCUUUUCAAUGUUUCUCUACGAGGAGUUUAAUUUCGCGCCAAUUAGGCACGGCUGGACAACAAAGACAUUCGCGAAUGAGAUCAAAACACGCCUCAGGCUUCAAAGUCAAGAUGUCGAGCAUACCGAAGAAAACCUGAAGUUUAUUGCUCGAGCAAAAUUGGAUCACUCUCGCAAAAAAGAGGAGAGCGUGGAUUUCAAGAGAAGUAUAUUGAUAAAAUCAGCUUCAUUCCAACUGUCUGGAAACCGAAAGAAGCUUCAUCAUUCGCCGGGAGAGAUCAGACGAAGUAAUCAAGAUAAUGACUUAUCAGCAAGGAUAAGUGAUCAAGAAAGAAGGGGACAUAAAUUAAGCCAUCAUGACCUGAAACAUGCAAAUGAAAACAAUGCUGGUCACGAAUUUAGAACAGAGAGUUCAGAAAGGACAAAGAACACAGAGAUCAAAGAUGUAUUUAUAUCUGUCAAAACAACAGGAGAGUUUCACAAAACACGAGUUCAAAUUUUACUUGAUACAUGGAUCCAAAACGCGAAGAAUCAGGUAAAAUCUUUAUCUGUUUUUUAAGAUCAUUCCUUCGGUCUUGCAUAUUUUCUUUUUAAGAAUUUUUUGAUGCCAGAAUUGAAAUCUGCUUUUCCACCAAGCUGCCAAUAUGAUAAGCUUACAAGUGUCACCCGUAGUGGAGAAUAUGACCGGUACAGUCAGUUAUGGAAUAUGAUGAAGCUGCAAAUUCUCUUAUAGGAAUUCCAGUUUCCUCUUGAGACUUUCAUAAAAAGCUUACCCAGGAUGCUAACACAUCCAAGGGGAGGGGGGUUGGGUGGUGGAGGGGGACUGAGGGCACUCCCUUAUUUGGUGUAAAUGGGCCGUGGUAUGUGCUUUUGGAGAGGGUAUGGUGGUUUUCAAGGUCUUGAGGCUAAUCCCACUAUUUAGCAUCGUGCACAAAUCUUAAGCUUUUAAAAAGUGUGGAAGGUUAGCAUUUAGCUAUCUACGUUUUGUGGUUCCAACAAUUCCCCCCCUCCCCCCAAAAAAUCUAAUUCCAUGAAGUUAUGUAUUACGUUAUUUUUUACCCAAAUUUCCCUUGAAAGCCCCCCCUUCCCUUCUGGCUUACACAUGAUUUUUAAAUCAUUAAAAUUAAUUGCUAAUUACUGCUAUUUCUCAGAAAUAUGGCUCGCUAAAUUUACACAUCAGGUUCUGAUUUUGCUAAAAGUAGACAUGUAACCUUAGAAAGCUUACAUCUUGAGGAGUUUACCCAUUGGGAAGGAAUUUUUUCUUACCAUCAAAAUCACCAGGGGCUACUCUCCAUUAAGAGUCUGGAGAUGUGCUUCAAGAUGGGGUAGCAUUUUUUAACUGAAUUGACCAUACGAAAUAGGUUUCCACUUUAACAAAGUGACUACCUGCAUGUACUAUAUCUUAUUUUUCAACGAAACCAGCUCUUUGGAAACAAAGAAAAAAUGCCUUGUUAAGCCAAAAAUAGCUUAACUGCUGAAAAUAACUGCUAGGCAAACAAAGUAUUAAAUGACAAAAGAGAUUUGGCUUGGAGCAUAAAUUUGGAUCAGUUUGCAAACAAGCAACCAAAGUGGUGUCUUUAACACUUUCUAUUGUGGUGUUGGUUCCUUGGAGGUCGUGGUCGUGGUCCUACCCUGGGCCAAGAACACAGUAGUUUGAAUUAAUAGAUUUUUUUAUGUAUAAAGGAGACAGCCACAUACUUUGGGCCACUUGUCUGAUAAACUUUGUUCAAUUUGACCUUUUCAGUUCAUGAUAAGCUAUGGAACAAUACUGGUCUCUGAAACCUUUUGGUCCGUGGGUGAUUGCCCACGAUAUACAUGCAUGACCGCUAGAGUUACAUGAAUAGCAUUGUUUAUGUUUGCUUAUUAAACACAUUUUUUUCUCAGCUUUUUAUUUUUGCUUAAAUAUUAACUGGUGAAAUGGCUAAUUUUAUAAGUUGAGAGGAAUAAUUGGGAUUAAAUUGUAGUUUAAAAGGGUUCAAUUUGCCCAAGAUGGGAACAUUGAUUCUGAUGUUAUCUGAUUACCUAUUAGGACCUAUUUUACAGUACUCUACUUUUUACAUGUGUAUACUGUAUCCACUUCCAUAUUAAGGAUUAUUUUUCUUGUAAAUAUUUUGAUAUUGAUUGAAGGAAAAAUGGAAACACUGAAAACUGGUGAACUAAAUUUGCUUUUGUGGUUAUUGUAGGUUUAUUUAUUUACAGAUCAAGAUGAUGCCAAGGUCAAUAAAAGUCUUGGUAAGAAUUAGAAAUUAAGCAAUGCUAAAAACAGACAAAUUAUUUUGAGUUAAUCAUACUUAUAAUAUUAUUAUUGAGAUUCAUAUUAUUAUUAUCUUACCUGAAAGUUGUUGUGAAUUCUCAUUCAUGUUACCUGUUCAGGUAAUAACGGCCACUACCCAUCCCUGAUGACCAUGCAAACACCAUUUUUCCUGCACAUUUAGGACAUCUUUAUGAAAAGAUAGGAUAGGUUUUGAUUGGAUAUGACCUGAUCUUUGCAUAUUGCAAGAGAUACCAUAAAAUUCCAAAAAUAAGCCCCUCCAAAUAUAAGCCCCCCACACUCGUAAUGCAAAAAACCGUCCUUUAAAUCCCCUCUAAAAAUAUAAGCCCCCCGGGGGCUUGUACUUGGAAAUUGCCGUCAAAUACAAAGUAAAACAAAGCAAAAACAGUAAAUUUCCUUCCAACUAUAAGGCUAACCCAAUCGAUUUUGAAAUGCAAAUUUCCCUCAAUAGAUAGGCCCCUCCGAAUAUAAGCCCCUCCAAAAAUAAGCCUGUCAGAAAGGGCCUUUGAAGAAUAUAAGCCCUGGGGCUUAUUUUCAGAGUUUUACAGUAAUACACUCACAGGCAGUAUAUGUACUUCAGUUUUAAGAUGUUUAGUAACUGUGUGACAAUGAAAGUAUAUUGUAUGACUUGUCAGUGCAUUGAUGAAUUACUCAUCGUUUUUAGGUGGCCAUCUUGUAAAUACCCUGUGUGAAGCUGGACACCAGAGGUAACAUAUACACCUGUAGCAGUUCAUGUCAAUUAUUACGUGUACGCGUUGCAGACCUAUAAAACGCAUUUUUUUUUAAACUAAAUUUUGUUUUGCAAGAGAUACUGCUGUCUAAAUUUUUUUCUUGUUGAAAAGGGACAUAAGACAUUUGCUUAGUUGGAUAAAGAAUAGCCAUAAAAACUGCAGUUAUGUGAAGAUUUAAUUUAGCAGCAGAAAAGGGUUUGGUUUGCUUUUUUUUAAGUCUUGUUUUCUUUUCUCCUAAUACUUUGCUUUUUGUUAAUACUACUGUAAAACUAGGACAAGACUGUGCUGUAAGAUGCAGGCUGAGCUAGACUUCUUUGUGCAACUAAAGAAGAAGACAAAGUGAGUAUUUUUACACCUUAAACAUUCCUACUCCCAGAUCAUCAGCUAUGGAAAGAAGAAAAUCAGUCUGGGGAGGAAUUCCAACGGUGUAAAACCUCUUAAGCAGUACUUUUACAUCCUACUAUUAUCGACGGUGUAUAAGCAUGUUCUUAAAAUUAAAUUAGUGGAUCCUAUAGUGUGACUAGCCUUCAUUAGGAUUUCCUUGUGGAACUCUUUCUUUUUUCUUUCAGGAUUACACAAAGUGAAAUUUGGAUUGCAUUUUUCUUCAUUUUUUAUGAUUGGCUACUUCUAGAAGUGACGUGGUUAAAACAUUUUGUUGUAGUUUUCUGUGUCACUGGAAAAUUGGACAUCCCGUAAUCUAGAAAAAGCAAUCACCUUGAGCAGUGAAUGAUGAAUUUUCAGGAAUUUUCACAUACCAAGACAAUGGGCUGAAUUUUAAUCUCCCAGGAUAUAUAACUGACUAACUCAGCUGACUUUCAAGCAGAGUUAAAUUGAGCAAGUUUGAUAAUAUACGGUAAUAUAUAUAUUUUAAUAUUUCAAUCAUAUUUUCCGUUAGUAUAUCCCGAAAAAGCCAGUUCGUUGUUAGAAUAAAAGACAUUGCACUUAACGUUGUCGUUGUGUUUUUUUUCCUCUUUCUACCAGGUGGUUUUGCCAUUUUGAUGAUGACAAUUAUGUCAACGUGCCAGCGCUUGUAAAUACGCUAAAAAAUUUUAAUCCUGAAGAUGAUGUUUACCUUGGCAAACCAAGCCUGAUACGAGAGAUGGAGGUAAAAUUGCAUGUUUGCGGCUAUUAAUGAAAAUUCCUAACUAUCGUUUUGGGUAUUUAUUGCCAUACGUUUGGCUCGUUUUGUUCCCCCCUUAUUUUUGUUCGCGGAUUUAACCUCGGUUAUAUUAGGCCAGACUGGAUGAUCAGGGGUACCCAGCGUCAAUUUUUGGAAAAUAUCUGUUCGGAAGACGAUUUAAGAUCUAGGAUUUUCGGAACAUUUGUUCUAAAAUUUCUUGCUUGCCUGCCUCUCCCAGGAUUUUCGGACAUCUAAAAACUGGUAUAAUUGCCCAUUCUUAACGGAUUUUUACCCCAAAAAGGUCACCUAGAAUUUUCGGGAGCCUUUUUUCUGGCUGAAAUUUUCGAAAAGGUAAGUUUUGAUCCCUAUAAUUUUCGGAUCACUAGACUUUCAGCUAGGAGGGGUAAAAAUAUGCCUAUGUCUACCGUUUAUUUUUAAAUACUAAAAUACGUUCAACAAUGCUAUGUUUAAGUGGUUUUGAACUAUAUUCUCGUUGGGUGCCGCCGGAUGAUCAUUUCACUAUCCGCGCGCGCCUCGAUACUGCCCACGGACUUGGAGUGGAACCUUUAAAAAACGAACAUCUUUCACCCUGGCAGUAAAAGAAUGAUACUCAUCGCCCCAGUUACAGUAAAAUGUAACGGACACAGAAAGAGACCCCGAGGCCGUUAUAGCGUAUCUUCUUUUUAACGAUAAGGGCGAACACGUUUUCUCAAUCCCUUUGCACUUCUUUAAACUGGGCUCCACUCGGCAAGGCACAUGUUUUGGAAUCGGUUGCACCACUCGUUAAGUUUCGUUACCAAUUAGUCUAACCAUGACUGUAACAUAAUUUGAGAUGAUUUGUGGUACAUCUCUCGAGGGUUUUAUUUUGCUAGACUUCGAAAAUGAACUGACACAAACACAAAGUGAAAUCAAAUCCAAGCACAGCUGUCCAAGCACAGCGUACUAUCCUAUUACACCAUUCUUUUUCAUGCUGAAAACAGGGAUGUAGUAGCCAAUCAGAUUAGGGAAUUUUUCUUAUAGUUAUCAUUAACUAUAAGAACUAACAACUACUGUCCUAGCACGGUGCGAUGACGUUUUAUAUCCUAUUACACGGUCCUAUUUUAUGCUGAAAACAUGGAGUAGCCAAUCAGAUUAGGGAAUUUUGCUUUAGCUAUGAUGAAUGACAUACAGUCUCCCACUUUCGCCUGCAUGACUCUCUUUACUUUUCGCUAACAAUAAUAAACUGACGCAUCAGCGCGCACUUACAACAUUUCUGCGACCAUUGGCCUUUAAAAAAUUCAUCUGCUGGUCCUUAAUGUUUUCUUCAGGUCAUUGCGCAAGUAAACAGAAGAAGUAUUUUUUCUGGCCCCAGGAAUGAUAGAAUUAUAAUUUGUUUUACAUAUUGUUUGAUAAUCUGGUUUUCAUUUUCAUAUUUGUAUCUUUUUUUUUUUUGCAGGCCUGGGACAGAUUAGAUGGAAAUAAGGUGCGAACAAAGUGUUUUAUGACCCCUUCUUUAGACUGAGAGUUUGAGCUAACAAAACAAGUGAAGCCCAGUUCAUUCUUCGUGCUCCUGCCGUGCCAAACGUAAUUCUUGGAUUAGUUCGAAAAAGCAAGCCGAACAACGACGCCUGAAUCGACGUCUGAAUCGAAGUGGUGCUUUUGUUGAACCCAGUUACAAUUCAGUUCGUCACGGCAGAAGCGCGACGCAUGAACUGGGCCUGAGAGUGUUAAGUAUCGCAUCACGAGGUCUCCUCUUGAUGAGGGUCCCAGUGGAGUUGACCGUCAGCCGUCAAACGGCCUAAAAUUUAACCAUCAGCCGUCAAAAGUGCAGGGUAGUAUUAACGUUUCAGGGUAUUUAAAAUCUCAUUAUUUCAGCUGAUUUUUGCGGACUUCUGACUUCUGAUGUCCUGAAGAAUCUCUAAACUGGAAAAACCAGUUCCCAUUUUCUCAAAAACACUCUCCCUGGACAUUACAAGACCAUGCAACUUGUUUAUAUCGAAGUUUUAUAUGUGAAAGGCCAAGACAACAAGUAAUAUUAAUUUAUACAGUGGUUAACGUUUAAUGUAACUCGUGGACGAAAUCAGUUCCACUAAAUAACCGUCAACCGUCAAAAGCUCUAAAAUUUAACCGCCAACCGUGAAAAUUUGAAAAAUAUAACCGUCAAUCGUCAAAGCUACCACCCCACUUAGACCCUUCUUGAUGGCAUCUAGUGGAACGCUUCAGAUGACGUCAGAAAGUUUGCCUUUUUGUUAGCCUGAGAAUCGACACUCAGCGAAAACACGAAUGGUUUUCCCGCAAAAUAACGUCUGAGCAAAGACUGCAUAAAUUCCAUACUGAUGACGGGUCACUACCCAGAUCUGGAUAGUGCUUCUUUGUUAGUCGCGAGAGAAAUGUUCUUCAACCAAUCAGAAGCAAAACCAAGAUCUGGGUAGCCAGUGAACGCCACCAGUAUGGAAUUUUUGUGCUCGUUUCUCAGACGUUGCUUCGCGGAGUAACCCGUGGUGGCGGCGCGAAAUGUAGGCUGUUUUCUCACGCUACCUUUCUGUACGUCUCUCUAUAUUAUAUUGACUAAUAAACGAAAUGGAAUAAACUUGUCUACCAUACAGUCUACAAGCAUGAAUCGUUGGUGACGAGUAAAGGUGGCAACACCGUGACUCAUUUGGACUCAAUUCUUGUUAACUGCGAUCAAAACUUGAUGUACCCUGGGUACCAGAGGUUUUUCUCGCGUGCGGUGGGAAUUUUCGGUGUUGGCCGAAGGCCGACACAUCUUCGGCCGUAUAAAGACUUGACAGAAACCGGAAACCGCGCUAGAAAAGUCUCUGGCACCCAGGGUAAACUAGCCUGCGGUGCAGCCGGCCCACGUAUCGCAUAUAGUGUGGUUUAAAGGGUCUGCGCGCAGGCUAGGGUAAACUUGAUGCAAUGCUUUUGAAAUAAUUGAAAUACUAUAAUGGAGAUGGUCAUGACAAGUAUGCUCCUGUUUAAAUUUCAGCAAAAGAAGUUUUGGUUCGCCACAGGGGGAGCAGGUUUCUGCUUAAGUCGUGCUCUUGUCAACAAAAUGAGGCCUUACGUAAGGUACUGCAGCUGUAAUUAUCUCAGAAGUGUUCACUUCAUGAUGUUAUUUGAUUGGGUGUGACAGCAGUCAGAAUGGAGCAAAUCUUUUGACGUGACUGGCUACUAACUAGACAGAAGGAAAUUGUAUCUCUCCUGCAUUUGGUUUCUGCAUUUUAAUAUUUUUUUGAAGCCAGCUUACCAAUCUUUUCGUUCGUAAUUUUAAGCAAACUUCUUUUUUUCUGUCAGUGAGACACUGGUGUUUUUGUGCCUACCAAGGCUGUUUUUCUAGCUGGUAUCGGCAUAGAGAAUGGCUGAUGUUUGACUCUACAGAUAAACGCCCGAAAGCCGCCUGAAAGACACGUGAAUAAAAGAGAUGACUUAUUUUGUUUAUCGGAUUUUGUCUUCCUUUUUUUAGUGAUGGUAAAUUCAUAGAGAGCUGUGACCGGAUUAAACUACCCGAUGACUGCACCGUGGGGUUCAUAAGUGGUAAGUUUAUCGAUGCAGUGACGUUCGAUUCACUUGGUUCUUUCCUACGAACACUUACAAAGAAACCUGUGAUAAGCGACUACGUAGAAUUCAGUUCGUCUCUGUUGGCGCCCUUUUUGCACUUAUCCAUUAUUUACCAUCUAUUUUUAUGCAAAUAAAGUUGUUGUAAAUUAGAAGAAAUAACGCAGAAAAUCUUACGCGGGUAGACGUACGAGACGAAGAUCACAGGUGAGAGUUUUCGGAAAUCGCCAAGCGGGUUUACAAUGGACACCGACGCAGUCUUAAAUUACAAGCAGACUGAGAUGUGUCAGUACUGUUUGGUUACAUUUUAAGGUGUAAAAGGAAGGCAAGGUGGUACAGAGUUACAGUCAAACUUCCUUUAAUGAGGUCACUAACUGGAAAUUACGUGUCCGUAUUAUGAUAAAGGUGAAUAUUGUAUGAAACAGGGAAUUGUUAGGACCAAGAGAACUGUCUGUAACAGAGAGGUUCGUGGCGCGAGGGAAAUUUGCUUCAACCAAUCAAAAGCACUACACAGAUCUGGCUAGAAACACGUCAAUCAGUAUGGGGAAACCAAGGGCGAAGUCGCAAAAUGUCGGCUCUUUACUCAGGCUAUAGUUCAGCAAGACUCGCAAUUAAACAAGUAACGCUGUUAAUGCAUACAUGAUGUCGUAAGCACCUCGUGUUGGGUGAGGUCAACUAAAACGAGCGAACUUAAGAUUUAAGUUAGCGUUCGAGGUUUAGUAUGAGUAACAGUUUGGAAUUCCACACGAGCUUCAUCCCCCGGGGACGCUUUCUCUUUCCUACUACUGUUCAGAGGCCGAAUAAGAUAAUCCGUGUGCUAUGAAAAGCCUGUACUAGCCGUCGACUUGAAUAACCAAUCCUUCUUGAUCCCUGUCGCCGGCUAUGUAAUAACCUGCGUGCAGACGAUAACUAAACUCUGAUUAGUACCGUCUGCGAAGCAGCGCAGUGAUCUUUGUUCUGGACCCCCAACGGACUCAACGAAUUACCGGAAGUGCGUUUCGAAUUCCUCUUCAACCUGAUUGGCGAUCACGACAAACAAAACAAAGGCCUUUUUUAACUGGCCAAUCGUGGCGCGUACUCAAAUCUGGGUACACAGCUGGAAGUCCAGAACAAGGAUUUCGGCGCUGUUUCGCAGACGGAGUUAACCAGAGUUUAAUUUCGUCUGCGCGCAGGCUAGCUAUGUAACAGCUGCUUUAAAUUCGGCGAGGAAGAAAUAACGGAUUCCGUACCGAGAACGUUUUUUCGCCCAUGCCUAUUCAGCUCUAUUCAGCUAACUGGUACUGCAGUCGAACCUCACCAACGUAGUGACGCGUCAUCAGUAUGGAAUUUCUGCGAUCGUUUCUCAGACGUCAUUUCGCGGGAAAACCAGUAGUGACGUCACGAAAUGUUUAGCCUUCGUAGCAAGCGUUUCCGUGCGGUGUCGGAGCAAAACCGAAACUCCCGUUCCUCGGUCUUUCUUUGUUUCGAAAACAAACGGAAACGCUUGCUACGCAGGUUACGAAAUGUUCGGUUGUUUCCUCACGCUAGCUAAACUACUCUGUCACAGUUCUACAGUUAUUAUGAGCUUCUUUCAUUUUCAGACGUACUGCAGCAUUUUUGAUCUUGCUACUUUGCAGAAGUCCUUGUUAAAGCAAAAUUGAAGAGAUCAGAGCUUUUCCACUCACACUUGGAAAGUCUUCCCUUCUUACCUCAAAGUGAAUUCAGUAAACAGGUGGGAUGUUUAUAUGAAAUUUAGUGUUAGAAAAGAAAAUCCUUGAUCGUCGAUACUGAGUGAAAAACGUAAGAAAGCCUAAGAAAACAUCAGCAGCCUGGUUUGCUACGAGAGCUUUGGCCAGUUCAGGAUUGCUAUAUGAUUGGCCAUUUCCGAGUUCCAAAAACCCUCACUUUCAAAACGAGGCUAAGUGCAAAACCUUUCUUGCUUUAAUGAUUGUAAUUUGAAUGAGAAUAUAAAAUCAUUUUUAUGUCAGUGGCUUCGAACUUAGCCUCGCUCUGAAACAGAGGCUUGCGGCAACUGGGAAAUGGGCUUUUGAUUUUUAUAAAUAGACUUUUUUAACCAACUGAGUUGAUAAAAUGGAAUGCACCUCGUUCAGCGAUCGAAAAGCUGACGUCACCAACGUUAACCCGGCUUAAGUUAAAAGCAAGCACUUUGUUCAAUUAUCUUUACUCUCUGUAAGGUUACUAAAUUGCGUGUAUUUUUCUUUCUUUAACCGUUAACAGGUCACCUUCAGCCAUGGGUUCAUGGGUGGCAGUUACAAUCGCAUCAGUAUUGAUGGACCUUUUAACGUUGUAGAUGAUCCAAGUCGGUACGUAGUGGCUUCGUCGUUUCCUUGAUUAGACGCGUGUCAAACUAUUGCGGUAGGGCAUUAUCGACAGUCGUCAGAAAGGCGGCGGUCUCCUUUUUCUUUUUCGUGUUUAAACCUCCUGACGAAAUCUCCUCGAUGUUUUGGCAACGACUCAGCGGGCACCAGGGUGGUUGAACUAAAGUAACUAAUUAAUCGGAAAAAGUCUCAGACUAUGAAAUGAGCCAACCAUUUCACGAAGUAUAUAAGACACGAAGUGAGUGUAUAGCAGUAAUUCUGUCUCGAUGCUGAUGUGUAAGUAAAAAUCGUUUUGGGAAAUCUUUGCAUUGACGGACUUCCAAGAAGGAAAGGUAAUUAUUCUUUAGAAGCAAGAUUUAAAUUCCAGCUUUGUGGGUAUCCUGUGGCUUAAGAGUCGGCUUAGAUCCAACCUCGUCCCUAGGGCUUUUCCCUUAGAAAAUGGUAGGGGCAGGAAAGUCCUGGGACGAGGUUAGCUUACACAUCACUUGAUACGGGUAAACGCCUGCCAUUUAAUUUAAAUCAGCUCUAGAAUUGUGGCGCGACGGCUUACAGCUGCUCGUACACAGGGUCCCAAGCUAAAGUGGCGGAUUUCCAAGAGCAGUUCCUACAUCGUGCCGUGCAGGAGAUCCCUGCCGUAAUAGUUUUUCCUAGUAGAAUGUGCACAGUUGUAUAACUGUUUUGUUUUCUUCCGCAGGUUCAAAUCUGUUCACUGCUUCCUUAACCAUGAAACAAGCUGGUGCCCGAAAUCCGAGAAUAAGGAUAAAAUUGGGGACGAUGAUAAACUCAAGACUUACAGAUGA